AUGAAUUUAAAAAUGGAAACUCCAAUAGUCAGACUUUCUGAUCUUGACUCUCAAACUGUCUACGAGCCCUCAGAGGACUCGUUUCUACUGCUAGAUAGUUUGGAAGCCGAUCUCAAUAGUUUCGCGAACUUAAAGCCAAAUAUCUGCUUGGAGAUUGGCAGUGGCUCUGGCGUUAUCAUAACAGCUCUAGCAAUGGCAUUCAAACGAAAUAAUUGGCCUGGUUUAUUUAUCGCUGUUGAUAUUAAUCCAGACGCUUGCAGAGUUACUAAAAAUACGAGUAUUAUAAAUUCAACGAGUGUAGAUAUCGUUCGAAUGGAUUUGGUGUCGUCCCUGAAGGCUAAUCAUUUAUUUGAUAUAUUGAUAUUUAAUCCACCAUACGUUGUAACCGACUCUAGUGAGAUUUUUGAUGAGAGACUCAUCAGCAAGACGUGGGCUGGGGGGAGGGAUGGUCGAGAAGUUAUGGAUCGAUUGUUUCCGUUAGUACCAACGUUAUUGUCCAGUCAGGGAAUCUUUUAUUUGAUUGUUAUCAAGGAGAACAAGCCGAGUGAUAUCAUAGGUAUUUUUCAGGGGCUUGGAAUGCGUGGAGGUGUGGCUGCAGAGAGAAAAGUGCGUGGAGAGCACUUGUAUGUUCUUAGAUUUGUUAAGAAUUCCAAACAGUGAUGAAGUAGAAUAUUUUUCUGAUUAUCAAACUUAAAGAAUAUCUACCAGCAGAAGAGCUUUUUGGAAAUAUUUAAUUCUAGGAGAGUCGAAAAAUCACAUCUUCAGAUGCGACAUGUAUACGAUAUCUGAAAGUCCUCCUAAAAGCGAUUGUAAAACGAAAUUAAUCCAUGAACACUUCGCUGCUGCUUUUACCCCUGAAAGCAUUUUGGCGUUCACAAUUUUAAUAGUUUUAACUAUAGUCAUUCCCACUACGGAACACAUAGAUAUUCUAUUUUUGAAUUUCUAUUCUUCUCUGUUUAUUGUACAUUAUUUUUCACAAAUUAUUUAUUUCCAUUUUCACGUUGACGUUUCAAUGGAACUAUGAUAUUUAUAGCGUAUAAUGGAAAUGAUAUGUAAAUGAAAACUCUAAAGCUUUUCUUCGUUUUAUCAAAAGUAUAAAAUAAGAGAAACAUCAUGUUAUUUUGUACAUUAUCUAAGAAAAAGAAAUAAACUAUAUAUGGGCAUAAAGUAACUGUUUAGGCACAUGGAAAGGUGGAA